AGCUAAGUGUUGGCCAGCUCAGGAGGAGUUUGUCGUAAGUUUCAGGAGUUUUUCCGUGCAGAACCGGACAGCACCGGCCUGUGAGGUUUUCUGUGAGCUGAUCAGGAGGAGAGAGAGAGACAAACAGCAGUUAUUUAUCCAGUCAUCCUCACAGGAUCCAGAGGACACGAUGUUUUCACUCUCAGAACUGGCGCCCUUGAAUCAGCAUCGGAAUCAAUCUAAGCUGCUAAAGCCCUGGUGGGAGGUCUUCAUGGACUACCUGGUGGUCCUGAUGCUGCUGACGUCCGUCCUGGCUUGUACCGAGCAGCUCUCCAGGGACAGAGUUGUGUGUGUUGUCUCAGAUCCACCUGUCACCGCAAACACAAGUGGUCACGAUCCCUCAUCUAGCAGCAACGUGGCGCCGACUCCAUCAUCAAAGCUUCCCACACACAUUCCCCGCAACAUCAGUCCAAAUCUUCAUUCUGCAGCUCGGGGCCGACGCACACAUCUGGUCUACCAGCAAUACGUUUAUAUUAGCCAGGUGUGCUACCAUGAAGCUUUGCCUUUGUGCUCCCGCUUCUUCCCCUACAUAGCCCUGCUGCAGUCUCUAGUUCUGGUAGCCAGCAGUUCCUUCUGGCUCCACUUCCCUCACACUUCUUCCCGCAUAGAGCAAUUCCUGGCCAUCUUGGCAAAGUGCUGCGAGUCACCUUGGACAUCUCAGGCCUUGUCCCAUGCUGCCCGCCAGGAAAACAUCCACGAGAGGAAGGAGGAGAAAAGACGACCACACCAAUUUCUCCCGUCUUCAGAUUCCUCUUCACCCUCGGUGACCCACACAACACGUUCAAGCUUAGACUCAGGGACUGACAGCCCACUCCUGAAGAGGUCAGAUAGUGCUUCCUAUGCCACCCCUCCAUCCCCUUGCCCUUCCACUGUUUCCUGUAACUCCACCAUGUCUUCAGUAUCCCUUGAUUCACGGGUGCACCUUCCCUCCUCCAAGCCCUCGGUCCUGGUUGACAGUCCGAGGCAGGUAAUCAGUUUGGAUAAAAGUGACGGAGAACAGGCCAGGGCGCUGUUUGAAAGGGUCAGGAAAUUUCGAUCCCACUGUGAAAGUUCAGCUGUCAUUUAUAAGGUCUACUUGGCUCAGACGAUAUUCAAACUGCUGAUGGGAACGCUGAUCGUCAGCUACACCAUCCCUCUUCUCAGCUCCUUCUCCUUUAACCACACCUGCCACCCAGAGGAGCAGUCCCUGGUGGGCUACGCUACCUUUGAGUGCAUCCAUGUGCUCUCAUCACUUCUACGCAAACUGCUGGUGGCCUACCUGAUCCUACUGGGGCUGUAUGGUCUGCUUAAUUUUUACACCCUCUGCUGGAUUUUACACAGCUCUCUGCGGCAGUAUUCCUUCCACUCCCUGAAGGAUCUGUGCUCCCUCAGAGAUGUUCCUGACCUGAGGAAUGACCUGGCCUUCCUCAUACACAUGUUAGACCAGUACGACCCAUUGUUGGCCCAGCGUCUCUCCGUGUUUUUGUCCCCCGUCAGUGAGAGCCGACUGCUGGAGGAAAGCUUGGAGAGGCGCUGGGGGGAGGAGAAGCUGCAUGCCAUGACUACUGUGGAUGCAGAUGGCUGCUCCAGACUGCAGCUGGUGGCCCUGCCCCGCCUCCCUCCGGCUCUCUUCACCCUCAGCCAGCUUCAGGUCCUCAAACUGGAGCUCAUCACAGAUGCCAGGUUUACUGCACAAGUGGCCAACAUGACGUCACUCAGGGAGCUCCACCUCUACCACUGCACAGCGGCUGUGGAUCCCAGUGCUCUUGCGGUCCUCCGGGAACGUCUGGAGGUCCUCCAUCUCACCUUCACUCAUGCAUCAGAGAUCCCCAGCUGGGUCCUCUCCCUCCGCAGCCUGCAUGAGCUGCACCUCUCUGGUCGUUUAAGCAGUGAUGGUGGGGUGGGCCGUGGCUGGGCUCUGGGGAGUCUGCGGCAGCUCCGUCACCUCCGUGUGCUGGUGAUUCGAGGCAUGUUACAGCGGAUCCCUGGCGAGCUCUAUGAGGUGGCAGGCAGUUUGGUGAGACUGGAGAUCUACAAUGAGGGCGCCAGGCUGCUCGUACUGACCGGGCUGAAGCGGGUGGUUGACCUGACAGAGCUCCAUCUGCAGGACUGCCAGCUGGAGCGUUUGCCCUCCGCCCUGCUUGCUCUGACCAACCUGCACACGCUCAACCUGCAACACAACAACCUGAGAACUCUGGAGGAACUGCUCAGUCUGACUCAUCUGCGACGUCUUUCUUGCCUCAGGCUCGCUUACAACCGUGUUUUGGCCCUGCCGGCUAGCGUCGGUGUACUUCGAGGCCUGGAGCUCCUGGAUCUGUCCAACAACCAACUGAAGAGCCUUCCCCCAGCGCUCUUCACUCUCCGCUGCCUUCGUAGGCUCCUGCUGGCUGGCAACCUUCUAGAGGAGCUGCCUGCUGAUGUGAAGGCACUGAAGCUGCUUUCAGAGCUGGACCUCAGUGGCAACAGGUUAGAGAGGCUUCCCUCUGAGCUUUUCAGCAACUGUUUGGAGCUGCGCAUCCUAAAUGUGGCUCACAACUCGCUAGGCUUUUUGCCCAGGGGGAUUGCAGCCUUGAGUCAGCUGUGCAAGUUGGACCUGCGCAGUAACAGUCUGGAGGAACUGCCUGCUGAACUGGGCUGCUGCUCGGGGCUGCCCGGUGGGGGUCUCCUGGUGGAAAACUGGCUCUUUCUUUCUUUGCCUCCACAUGUCAGAGACUUCUUGAGCCAUUCUUGCGCUCCCACUGGUACAUACUCAGAGGGUCACUCCAGGCCAGAGUCUGACAGCUUCCCAUACUUUUCUCCAACACAGUGGAGCUUCUUCUCUGCUCUGGAAUCCCAAAUAUAAAGCCAAUGACUCCCUAACUGCUUAUAGUUAUGCGAACACUGACAGUAUUCUGCUAAGGUUCGCUUGUAUGCUGAUACAAUUUUCUACUUUUGCUUUUGCAAUGCUUUUUGGAUAUUCCUCAUUUGCCAAUUCUUGGAAUGUGCUUUUUUCUGUCUGUUUUUAAAAAAAAAUUAUUUUUAGACCACCUGAGUGUCCAACCAAUGGGCCGCUUUGCAUGGCAUUAAAGUCUCGAUUAGAGAAACUGUUGUUCAGAUUAUGUUGUUAUUCUCAUAAUGCACAGUAAGAGAUGAUGAAAAGGUUUAGUUGAAAGAAUUGAACACUGGCAAUAGCUCUGUAUUUUCUGAGCAGCACAUCAGUUUCAUGGUUUGUAUUGGAACUAUAUGCUAAACUGCAUUGUCCAUAAAAAUAAAUCAAUCUGUCUGCAUGUGCUGAAUGAAUGAAUAACGGCCAGUGGGUUGUUUUCCAGGGUUGUGUCUGAAUACAUAACAUUAACAAGUGGUGCAUCUCGUUUUAUGACCAAAUGUGUACCCUUAACGAUGCGUCUAAAGAAAUAUAUUAACUUUAAAUGUCACAUUAUUCCUACUGACGAGUCUGUAGUCUGUGUGACAACUAUAGAAAAAUAAACAUGAUUGUUUUGUAAAGAUUUCUUUAGUGUUUCUCUUUCAGAUUGUUUCUAAUUGGUCACUACAUUCUGAAAAUUUUCAGUGUUGUCAACUCGGACCAGUUUCAGAUGUAAUUUUCUUUCUUGAUUUUGGUGGAGAUCACUCUCUUUAUGAAUGUAACCUUAUUAAAAACAAACAAACCACACUUGUGGUUUACUUUUGGGAA